AUGUCUACAGCUUCUAAAAUUACACUUGGUGCUUCUAUUCUAUUUGCUGCUGGGUCUUUUGUCUUCAUUAAUUAUUCUCAAAAUUUGGAAAGACAGGCUUUAAGACAAGGUCCAAUUAAAGACGCAAAACGUCAAGAGAUGAAGAAAUUAGAACGUGAAAAACUGAAAAAACAACAAUUUAAUGAAUUGGAUCAUAAACAACAAAAUGAAUUACGUGAAAAAUAUGUUAAAUUACAACCAUUGAAUCUGGAAAUUAUAACAGCUGAAGAAAAUCCAGGACAAGAGCUGAAGAAAUGA